CAACUCGGACGCGCCAACUCCCCGCGUUGAAUAAGAAGCCCCAGCAAACCCAUCUGAAAGCUACUCGAAUUCUUCGCCAAGAGAGUGCGAGACGGAGAAGGGGAGACAGAUAGUGAAGCAUUGACAUAAUGGGUAGCGGAGCAAAAGGAAGAACUAUAAUGGAGGUGGGAGCUGACGGGGUGGCUCUUAUAACAAUAAUCAACCCUCCUGUUAAUUCCCUCUCCUUUGAUGUGUUACGCAACUUAAAAGACAGUUAUGAGCAGGCACUAAGAAGGGAUGAUGUGAAAGCAAUCGUCAUUACAGGUGAAAAGGGCAAGUUUUCUGGUGGCUUUGAUAUUGCAGCUUUUGGAGGAACUCAGAGGGGAUUAAGGGAGGGAGAAGAAAAGCCUGGCUAUAUAUCAAUAGAGAUUAUCACUGACACUUUUGAAGCCGCAAGGAAGCCUUCUGUUGCUGCCAUUGAUGGCCUUGCCUUAGGUGGAGGAUUAGAGGUUGCAAUGGCAUGCCAUGCUAGAAUAUCAACACCCACUGCACAAUUAGGGUUGCCUGAACUUCAGCUUGGAAUAAUUCCUGGAUUUGGAGGAACACAACGGCUUCCACGUCUUGUUGGCCUCUCAAAAGCUCUUGAAAUGAUGCUGACGUCUAAGCCAGUCAAAGGGCAGGAAGCCUAUACUUUGGGUCUUGUCGAUGCCAUUGUUUCACCUGAUGAGUUGGUAAAUACUGCACGCCAGUGGGCCUUGGAUAUAUUGGACCAUAGAAGACCAUGGGCUGCUAGUCUUUACAAGACUGACAAGAUAGAGCCCCUUGGAGAAGCAAGGGAAAUAUUUAAGUUUGCAAGAGCUCAGGUCCGGAAACAGGCUCCCAAUCUCAAACAUCCAUUGCUUUGCAUUGAUAUCAUCGAAGAGGGUAUAGUUUCUGGUCCUCGGGCUGGACUUUGGAAGGAGGCUGAAGCUAGUCGAGCGCUUCAGCAUUCUGACACUUCCAAGAGUUUGAUCCAUAUCUUCUUCGCUCAACGCCGAACAUCGAAGGUGCCUGGAGUUACUGAUAUUGGUUUAGUGCCAAGACGAGUAAAUAAGGUUGCCAUUGUUGGUGGAGGGCUAAUGGGCUCUGGCAUAGCAACGGCAUUGAUUCUCCGUAAUUAUCCAGUCAUCCUUAAAGAAGUAAAUGAUAAGUUCUUGCAGGCUGGGAUUGGUAGAGUGAGAGCCAAUUUGCAAAGCCGUGUGAACAAAGGGAAAAUGUCUCAAGAGAAGUUUGAGAAAACCAUCUCUCUUCUCAAAGGUGUUCUUGACUAUGAAAGGUUUAAAGAUGUGGACAUAGUGAUUGAGGCUGUUAUUGAGAAUCUUUCUCUAAAGCAACAAAUUUUUGCUGAUCUUGAAAAGUAUUGCCUACCACAUUGCAUACUUGCAAGUAACACCUCCACAAUUGACUUGAACCUGAUUGGAGAAAAGACAAGAUCCCAAAAUCGGAUUGUUGGAGCUCAUUUCUUUAGCCCAGCUCAUGUCAUGCCACUUCUGGAAAUUGUUCGUACUGAGCAGACAUCUCCCCAAGUGAUUGUUGAUUUGCUAGAUGUUGGUAAAAAGAUUAAUAAGACUCCAGUGGUGGUUGGGAAUUGUGCUGGCUUUGCUGUCAACAGGAUGUUCUUCCCUUAUCCAGAAGCUGCUGUUUUGCUUGUUGAGCAUGGUGCAGAUCCCUAUCGAAUUGAUCGGGCAAGUACCAAGUUUGGAAUGCCAAUGGGACCGUUCAGAUUGGCUGACCUGGUUGGUUUUGGUGUUGCAAUUGCAAGUGGCAUGCAAUAUGCCGAGCAUUUUCCUGAGAGAACUUAUAAAUCAAUGCUUGUUCCACUUAUGCAGGAGGAUAAGAGAGCAGGUGAGACUACCCGCAAAGGGUUCUAUAUAUAUGACAAGAACCGCAAAGCUAGCCCAGAUCCUGAAUUAUAUAAAUAUAUUGAGAAGUCAAGGAGCGUUUCUGGGGUAACCAUUGACCCUAAGGUAGUGAAGUUAUCUGACAACGAAAUUGUGGAGAUGAUAUUCUUCCCUGUGGUGAAUGAGGCCUGUCGAGUACUGGCUGAGGGUAUUGCAGUCAAAGCAGCAGACCUUGACAUAGCUGCUGUUAUGGGCAUGGGUUUCCCACCUUACAGGGGAGGUAUAAUGUUCUGGGCUGAUUCUCUUGGAUCCACUUACAUUUAUUCAAGAUUGGAGGAAUGGUCAAAGAUGUAUGGAGAAUUCUUCAAGCCUUGUGCCUAUUUGGCUGAAAGAGCUUCCAAGGGUGCUCCUCUGAGUUCUCCAGUGGAGCAAGCAACAUCUCGUUUGUAGGAUCGAUUUGCUUAGUACUUGCUUGGUAAAGAAUUUCCUUAUUAUCAUUAUCCUUUUCUGAUCUGCCAAAUAAUGUGUACAAAUAUUUUUGAGUAAUGUUAUAAUGUUACUCUGCAUCUUUGAUUUGUUAUCUUUAGUCAAUCUGACAAAUUUGAGGUUGUUUUUUCGAUCUCAACCACGUAAAAAAAUUACCUA